AUGUCCGAGCUACAGAGCCUCACCCCGGAGACGGCCUUCACCGUCGCCUCCACGUUCCUCGCGUACUACUACAGCGAGUUCGUGAAGCUGAACGAGCUGGCGCGCAUGUCAGACCUGUAUGACGAGCGGUCCUACAUGACACUUGUGGACUUCCGCGACGAGGUACCAGUGGUGGCGCACGGCCGCAACGCAGUGGCGAACCUGCUGGCGAAGCUUGACAGCACGCUCGGUCAGCGCAAAGUCGAGAUCAUUACGGUGGACACCGUGGCCCUGCCGCACAACUGCGUUCAGGUCAUAUGCCAGGGUGUGAUGUACCUGCGUGAGUACCGCCGUGUGUUCCUGCACGUCUUCAUGCUGGAACCAACGGCGUACCGCACCAAGACGUAUCACAUCGCCUCCGAUUACCUGCGCUUCGUGGAUUCGGAGAAGGAGGUCAUCCCAGAGGGUGCCGUGGUUAUUGCGGCCGACCAAGUCGCCGCCUACCUCGAGGAGAGCCGCCGCCGUGUGGAGGAGGAGCAGCGCCGCCAGCUCCUGGAGUUCCAGCAGCGCAUCCGUCUGCAGCAGCAACAGCUGCAGAUGCAGCAGCAGCAGCAGCAGCAGAAGGCCGCCGCUAUGAACAUGCCUGCCCCCGCUUCCCGCCAGUCUCGCCCGGCUGCCUCGGCCUCGCGCGAUGGCGGCCGCCCCGCUCGUGGUGAGCGCAAGCCCCGUGAGCCGCGCGAGAACCGCGGCGAGCGCAAGCCUCGUGAGCCUCGUGAGCCUCGUGGUGAGCAUAAGCCGCGCGAGGGGGAAGAGAAGGUCGCUGCUGCGUCACCUUCUCGCCUGGCUGGUGAAGGGAAGAAGGGUGGCGAGCGCGGCAACCGGAAGCCCGCCGCUGCUGCGAACGCCGCGAAAGGUACAGCAGAUACUGCUGCUGCUACCCCGGCCCCCGCCGCGGUGCGCAAGCCGCGCCGCGAGUCGGGCCCGACCGCUGCUAUCAUCAUGCUUCGUGUGCCGAAGAAGAUCAAGCUGUCGGACAUCAAGGCAGAGCUGGUCAGCCAGGGUUUCUCCGAGCUGAAGGACCUCUUCUGGUGCGGCCGCGACAGCGCCCACGCAGUGGUGAAGUUCUCGACGGUGGAGAAAGCGACAGAGGCCUUUGAGACGAAGCCCUUCAAGAUUCAAGGCGAGAGCCUGAACUUGGACUACUACCACGAAUAG